ACAUGAAAAAUCUUGCCAAUUUGCUGGCUGUCCCUCUCAGCGAACUUGUUGUAAAUUUCAUCUCUCUAGCCGCGGUCACACUGUCCUCGUGGAAGACAGAAGGGCGUCCCGCCCGUACGUGGUCGGCGGGAGAUCGCGGGCGCAGCGCGUGCCGCCGGACGCGUUUCCCCCACCACACACACCCGCCCAUUCUCUGUUAGCAGUAGGCUGUUCACUCGGGGGGAGCUCGAUAGACAAUGUCCGAGGACUUGGACUCGAUCAGCGAGGAAGAACAAAGCUUGUUCCGACCUUUCACACGCGACUCACUUGCCGUUAUCGAAGCUCGGAUAGCUGACGAGCAUGCUAAGCAAAAAGAACUCGAAAAAAAACGAGCGGAAGGCGAGAACGAUUUGGGGCGGACGAAAAAGAAAAAAGAAGUGCGGUACGAUGAUGAGGACGAGGAUGAAGGUCCCCAGCCUGACGCGACCCUGGAGCAGGGUCUACCACUGCCGGUGCGGAUGCAGGGCUCCUUUCCCCUGGAGCUCGCAUCCACGCCUCUUGAGGAUAUCGACCCCUUCUAUCAUAACCAAAGAACAUUCGUAGUUAUAAGCAAAGGCAAAGAUAUCUUCAGGUUUUCUGCGACGGAUGCUUUAUGGAUAUUGGACCCAUUUAACCCUAUAAGAAGAGUUGCUAUAUACAUAUUAGUACAUCCCUUGUUCUCCUUGUUUAUUAUAACAACGAUUUUAGUAAACUGUAUUCUUAUGAUAAUGCCGACGACACCCACCGUCGAGAGCACUGAAGUUAUCUUUACCGGGAUCUACACGUUUGAAUCGGCGGUGAAAGUUAUGGCCAGGGGUUUUAUACUGCAGCCAUUCACAUACCUUAGAGAUGCAUGGAAUUGGCUUGACUUCGUAGUUAUAGCUUUAGCUUAUGUGACGAUGGGCAUAGAUCUCGGCAACUUGGCCGCGCUCAGAACCUUCAGAGUUCUCCGAGCGUUGAAGACUGUGGCCAUCGUACCGGGGUUGAAGACUAUCGUUGGAGCUGUAAUAGAGUCUGUGAAAAAUCUACGAGAUGUGAUAAUAUUGACGAUGUUCUCGCUGUCCGUGUUCGCGUUGAUGGGUCUGCAAAUUUAUAUGGGAGUGUUAACACAGAAGUGCGUCAAAGUAUUCCCCGAGGAUGGCAGUUGGGGUAACCUCACCGAUGAGAACUGGGAGAGAUUUUGUCAAAACGAAACAAACUGGCACGAAGAAGGCGGAGAAUAUCCUUUAUGUGGCAAUUCAUCAGGAGCAGGACAAUGUGAGCCCGGCUACGUGUGUCUACAAGGAUACGGUCCGAAUCCAAAUUACGGCUACACCAGUUUCGAUACCUUUGGUUGGGCCUUUUUGUCUGCGUUUCGACUUAUGACACAGGAUUAUUGGGAAAAUCUCUAUCAAUUGGUAUUAAGAUCGGCUGGGUCGUGGCACGUGUUAUUUUUUGUAGUCAUCAUCUUCUUGGGCUCGUUCUAUCUCGUCAACUUGAUCUUAGCUAUCGUCGCUAUGUCCUACGAUGAACUGCAGAAGAAAGCGGAAGAAGAGGAACAAGCUGAAGAAGAAGCUCUGAGAGAGGCAGAACAAUCCCCGAGCGACUUCUCCUGCCAAAGCUACGAGCUGUUCGUGAACCAGGAACGUGGCAACCAGGACGACAAUACGCGCGAGCGCAUGUCCCUCCGUAGCGACCCCUUCCAGGACUCGGUGAGCACUCAGCCCGCGCACAAGCCCGCCGACACGCACCACGAGCCCGCGCGCCGCCAGAGGAAGGUCAGCAUGGUUCCCCACCCUGAACGCAUAAAUAAAUACGGGCAGUUAUAUGGGCCACUGCGGGAGGGCUCACAGGCAUCAUUAUCACUGCCGGGAUCGCCGUUCAAUUUGCGCCGUGGUUCACGUGGCUCGCAUCAGAUGGCGUUGCGGCCGAACGGCAGAGCUCGCUACCCUCCUGGUGCAGAUAGGAAGCCCCUCGUGUUGUCAACUUAUCUUGAUGCCCAGGAACAUCUACCGUAUGCUGACGACUCGAACGCUGUCACUCCGAUGUCUGAGGAAAAUGGAGCUAUCAUUAUACCAGUUUAUUAUGCCAAUUUAGGAUCACGGCAUUCGUCGUAUACAUCACAUCAGUCAAGAUUAUCUUACACAUCUCACGGUGACCUGCUGGGUGGCAAAGCGCAGACGAAAGAGGCACGACUCCGAGGUCGCUCGGCGUCCAGAAAUCACAGCGUUACAUCGCAGCCUCAUGCCUAUGCUUUGCCAAGACCAGACUCAUCAAUUGCAUCAAGACCUGUCAGAGAAUAUGAAAUGAGUACCACAGAAAGCACUGACGAAGCUGGAAAAGUUUUAAAACCAUCAAAUGACAAUCCUUUCAUUGAAUCAUCACAACAGCCGAAUGUAGUUGAUAUGAGAGAUGUAAUGGUAUUAAACGAAAUCAUAGAACAGGCUGGUCGACAGAGUAGAGCGAGCGAGCAGAACGUGUCAGUAUACUACUUCCCAACAGCAGAAGACGAUGUUAUGGCCCUUGAUCAUCAUGAUAUGGACAAAGAUAUGGAAAGAGCGCUUAAGAGCGGCAACUACUUUUUCACAGCUACCUUCGGAAUAGAAGCUAUGUUAAAAUUAAUAGCGAUGAGUCCAAAGUAUUACUUUCAAGAAGGCUGGAACAUCUUCGAUUUUAUCAUUGUGGCAUUAUCGUUGCUUGAAUUGGGACUGGAAGGAGUUCAGGGUUUGUCUGUGUUACGUUCGUUUCGACUGCUUCGAGUUUUCAAAUUGGCAAAGUCAUGGCCGACACUUAAUUUACUCAUCUCUAUAAUGGGUAGGACGAUGGGUGCCUUGGGCAACCUGACCUUCGUAUUGUGCAUCAUUAUUUUCAUAUUCGCGGUGAUGGGUAUGCAACUGUUUGGAAAAAAUUAUGUGGAUUACGUGGACCGUUUCCCCGACGGUGAUCUACCUCGAUGGAACUUUACGGAUUUUAUGCACAGUUUUAUGAUUGUGUUCCGCGUGCUCUGCGGAGAAUGGAUCGAGAGCAUGUGGGACUGUAUGUUAGUGGGAGAUGUCUCAUGUAUACCAUUCUUCCUCGCUACCGUUGUGAUCGGAAAUCUUGUGGUUCUUAACCUUUUCUUGGCUCUGUUGCUCUCCAACUUUGGUUCAUCGAGUCUGUCAACACCGACUGCGGAUCAGGACACGAAUAAGAUAGCAGAAGCCUUUAACAGGAUAUCCAGAUUUAUUGAUUGGGUGAAGCGUAAUGUUGCCGACAUUCUCAAGCUGCUGAAGAAUAAGCUAACUAACCAGAUAGCCAUACACGCUCCCGAGCGAGUGGACAAUGAACUGGAACUUGGCGCUGAUAUGGAUGAUGGUGUAUUAUACAAAGAUAAGAAGCUUAAAGAUCAAGUGGAAGUUGCUAUCGGUGAUGGAAUGGAAUUCACAAUACCAGGAGACAACAAAUAUAAAAAAGGCAAACUUAUGUUAAACAAUAUAAACGCAAUAACGGACAAUCACACCGACAAUAGAAUAAACUGUGAACUCAACCAUCAUGGGUAUCCUAUACAGGACGACGAUACGAUCAGCCAAAAAUCUUACGGCAGUCAUAAAAUAAGAUCUUUCAAGGAUGAAAGUCACAAAGGUUCAGCAGAUACGAUAGAUGGAGAAGAGAAGAAAGAUGCUAGCAAAGAAGAAUUGGGCUUAGAGGAGGAAAUGGUUGAAGAAGAGGAAGACGGUAAAUUGGAUGGUUUAGGGAAACAUGAUAUCAUAGUAGCUGCCGACGAAGACGUAGUAGACGAUACGCCUGCGGACUGUUGUCCUGAACCAUGUUACCAGAAAUUUCCCUUCCUGGCUGGCGACGAUGAAUCACCUUUCUGGCAAGGCUGGGCUAUGCUGAGACUCAAAACUUUCAGACUUAUUGAAAACACAUACUUUGAAACUGCUGUUAUUACUAUGAUCUUACUCAGUAGUUUAGCUUUGGCAUUGGAAGACGUUCAUCUACCGCACAGACCUAUCCUUCAAGACAUCUUAUACUAUAUGGAUCGGAUUUUCACAGUCAUAUUCUUCAUCGAGAUGUUAAUCAAAUGGUUGGCGCUUGGCUUCCAGAAAUAUUUCACUAAUGCUUGGUGCUGGCUCGAUUUCAUCAUCGUCAUGGUCUCGCUUAUAAACUUCGUAGCGGCGCUUUGUGGCGCUGGUGGCAUUCAGGCGUUCAAAACGAUGAGAACCCUGCGCGCACUACGCCCUCUCAGGGCAAUGAGCCGUAUGCAGGGCAUGAGGGUGGUAGUGAACGCGCUAGUGCAAGCUAUACCAUCCAUCUUCAACGUGCUGCUUGUGUGUCUUAUAUUCUGGCUAAUAUUUGCGAUCAUGGGCGUGCAACUGUUCGCUGGAAAAUAUUUUAAGUGCGUCGAUUUAAACCAUACAACGUUGAGCCAUGAAAUUAUACCCGACCGGAACGCUUGCAUAUUGGAGAAUUACACGUGGGAAAAUUCACCGAUGAACUUUGAUCACGUGGGCAAAGCCUAUCUGUGCCUGUUCCAAGUGGCCACUUUCAAAGGCUGGAUACAAAUAAUGAACGAUGCUAUUGAUUCCAGAGAGGUGGGACGUCAACCUAUUCGAGAGACCAAUAUUUACAUGUAUCUAUACUUUGUAUUCUUUAUAAUUUUCGGCUCUUUCUUCACUCUUAAUCUAUUCAUUGGUGUGAUCAUCGACAACUUUAACGAACAGAAGAAGAAAGCUGGAGGCAGUCUUGAGAUGUUCAUGACUGAGGACCAGAAGAAAUAUUACAACGCAAUGAAGAAAAUGGGUUCGAAGAAACCUUUGAAAGCUAUUCCUAGACCAAAAUGGAGGCCUCAAGCGAUUGUGUUCGAGAUUGUGACUGACAAGAAGUUCGACAUGAUCAUUAUGUUGUUCAUUGGUCUGAACAUGUUGACGAUGACGUUGGACCAUUACCAGCAAUCGGACACCUUCAGCGCGGUUCUAGACUACCUCAACAUGAUAUUCAUAGUCAUCUUCAGCUCAGAAUGCCUUCUUAAAAUAUUUGCUCUCCGUUAUCACUACUUCGUCGAGCCGUGGAAUCUCUUCGACUUCGUCGUUGUAAUGUUCUCCAUUCUUAGUUUGGUGCUGAGCGAUAUCAUAGAGAAAUACUUUGUAUCACCCACUCUUCUGCGAGUGGUGAGAGUAGCGAAAGUAGGUCGUGUGCUGCGGCUGGUGAAGGGUGCCAAGGGCAUACGCACGUUACUGUUCGCUCUCGCCAUGUCCCUACCAGCCCUCUUUAACAUCUGCCUCCUCCUGUUCCUGGUCAUGUUUAUCUUCGCGAUAUUCGGAAUGUCUUUCUUCAUGCAUGUCAAAAACAAAGGCGGCCUUGACGACGUGUACAAUUUUAAAACUUUCGUGCAGAGCAUGAUCCUGCUAUUUCAGAUGUCAACUUCUGCCGGCUGGGACGGCGUGCUGGACGGCAUCAUUAAUGAGGAGGAGUGCGACCUGCCAGACAACGAGCGCGGCUCGCCUGGAAACUGCGGCUCGGCUACCAUCGGCAUUACCUAUUUGCUGUCCUACCUUGUCAUCUCCUUCCUCAUUGUCAUCAACAUGUAUAUCGCCGUUAUCCUCGAAAACUAUUCACAGUUGUCAAGUUUAGUACGCUACAAUUAA